AUGGCAGAAGGGGAACCCAUCAAUGGCUACUGCAGCAGCAGUGGCGAAGAAGACGGUGACGCAGCAUGGAGAGCCGCCAUCGAUUCCGUUGCCGGAACUUCCUCCUAUGUCACUUCCUUCAUGAAUGGAGCUUCCGCCACCAACAACAGUGACCCCAAGAAGCAUAGUGACCAAAACCCUAAAACCCCAAAGUUAAAGCAUUACCAACUAAAGGCACAAAAGCUCUUGGAUGAAAUGUUGGAAAAUACUAUAGAGAUAGUUAAAGCUCCUGUCCUUCACCAAGAUGAGGAUCCUACUAUCAAUGAUUGCGGCAUUCGAUUGUUUAAACAUUCUAAACCAGGAAUUAUUCUUGAUCAUGCAGAUGAACCUCAACCGCCAAGGAAACGGCCUAAAAUAGUUCCGGGAGAAGAUAUUGAUGAGAAAUCGAAAAAGUUUAGAAGAAGGAUUCAGUCUAUUGUUGUAGAUGGGAAAGAUUUAAUUGCUGCAGCAAAUAAUGCACACAAGAAGUCAUUGGCUAGACUAGAAGCUAAAGAAGCUGCAGCGAAAGCUGCAGCCAAGAGAGAGGAGGAAAGAGUUGAGAAAUUGAAAAAGAUUAGGGGAGAGAGGUGGCUACCGUCUAUGGCCAAGGAGAUGAACGUUAAACAUUAA